CGGGAGAUGUUGUCGAAGGUUUUCUGGAAACCGAGGUGUCCGGCAGUCUUGGCGUCAUGGUGUUCAACCAAGAAUUGGGUACGGAGACCACGAACGAAAGGGAUGCAAAGGCGGCGGGUUCCUUUGGUGUCGAUGUAGAAGAGAUGGUCGAUGAGGGAAUAGUUAGGGGCAGUGUCAAGGUCGCAGAGUUUGGUGUAGGUAGGGGCGAAGUCGGGGCAGGAGACGUAGCCAUGGAUGAAGCGAUGUUGGAGAGAUUGGGGAAGGUUGACAUGCAUAUUGGCAGCGAAGACUUUCUCAGGGGGCUUGUGACCGGGUCGGCGAGAGAGGGCAUCGACAACACAAAUGGUCUUAUCGGGAGUAUGGCAGAUGGUGAAGGUAAACUGGGCGAGAAAGUCCAGCUAGCGGGCCUGACGAGGGGUGAUAUCCUUUUUGGUGAGGAUAUUGGAGACGACGGUGUUGUUAGUGAGAAUUGUGAAGUAUUGGCCAUCGAGGUACGGGCGCAAGACUUUAAGGGCAUAGAUGACGGCGAGGAGUUCCUUCUCAUUGGAGGGAUGGUUCAUCUCAGCAACGAUGAGCUUCUUACUCACGAAUGCAAUAGGUACUCGUUGGGAGCCUCGGUAGAAGUAAUGCAAGCCACCUUUGGCUUGGGCUGGGUGCCGCUCGUCAUCGCGGAAGAUCGGUCGGCGUUGCGGGCUUCGAUAUUCGUGAGAAUGAUCCGUGACGCUGUGCUGAAAAGCUUGUCAGAUGUGUCGUGUCUCUGCAAUCUGCGUCAGCGCGUUUUGCAGAGCUGGACACGCGUGGAAUGCGAGCGACAUGUCAGGUGUGGAGGCGAGUCUUUGGAACUUGGUAAUCCAGUCCUGACUGAGAAGCGUGUUCUGAUGGAGUUUGUUGAGCUUGUCGAUCGCUUGCAGGUCGGGCGGCUCCACUUGGAAUCGCUUGUGCCAGGCAACUCCUGCCAAGUGAGCUUGGUGUGCAGUUCCGACACUGCUACGCCGUGGCUGGUCAAGAUGUUGUCCAGCCAUGCUUGACACGCACCACCAGAUCGGUGGUACAAGCACGGAUGUCGAUUGUUGUUCGGGACAUGGUGCAUGUCGAGCCUGAGAGUAAACUGGCGCCACCACG